UCUUCUUCUUCUUCUUCUUCUUCAUCCUUUCUUCCUCUGCCAUUCACAGACUUUGGGGAAAGGGAGAUUGAGAGUCAACCGCACCCCCCCUUUUCUUUUUUGGACCCUUCUGUUUCUAAGGCUUCCAAUACUCCACAUAUUCAGUUUUAUCUUUUCUCUCUCUCUCUCUCUCUCUCUCUCUCUGCACUAGUCUUAAAAAGAAAAGAAAAACCAAAAAUCCUGCCCCCAUUUCUCUCUCUCUUUUCUUUUUUCUUUUUUGGAUUCUCCAAGUUUUCUGCUACCUUGAAAUGGGGUAUUUAGAAGGUUUUUGAACAUGCACAGAGGCCCCCCAACACCCACCAUUAACAAGGGUUCUUGAGCUUCUUCUUCUUCUUCUUCUUUUUUAUUUUUGGAGAGAGAGAGAGGAGGAGGAGGAGGAGGAGGAAGGAAUAGCAGAAGGGUUUUCUUGUUUCUGCCAUUUUGCCCUCUCUCUCGUCUUCUUACUGCUUUUGAUUUUGUGGGUCUGUGUUUUUUGCUUCUGGGUUUUUGAGGAACGCCUUCGUUUCACUGAUUUCUCUGCAUUUGGGCUGAGUUCUUUGUUGAUUUUGGAUAAAACCCACAUAACGGUAGCGAGUGGAAGAAGGGGAACAAAAGGGAAGUGUUAUUGAAGCUUUGAUUGAUGAGUUUUGGGGGUUUUCUUGACGGCGGCGGUGGAGGAAGCGGUGGUGCUCGAAUCGUAGCCGAUUUAUCUUACGUUAACAACAACACCACUGCUUCCAAUAAUAACCCCACCGGCGGUAUCCCUGGUGGUGGAAUUAUGCCAUCUGGUGCAGUCGCUCCGCCGCGACUUAUAACUCAAUCUCUCACCAAAUCGAUGUUCAACUCCCCCGGACUCUCUCUCGCUCUUACGAACAUGGACGGCGGGCAAGGGGAUUUGGCUGCCCGACUACCCGAGGGUUUCGAGCACAAUGUUGGGAGAAGAGGCAGAGAUGAAGAGCACGAGAGUAGAUCUGGAAGUGACAACAUGGACGGCGGCUCCGGCGACGACCAAGACGCCGCCGACAAUCCUCCGAGGAAGAAGCGUUACCACCGACACACUCCUCAGCAAAUCCAAGAGCUCGAAUCUGUUUUUAAAGAGUGCCCUCAUCCUGAUGAGAAGCAACGGCUGGAGUUGAGUCGGAGGCUGUGCUUAGAAACCAGGCAAGUUAAGUUUUGGUUCCAAAAUCGUCGGACCCAGAUGAAGACCCAAUUGGAACGCCAUGAGAAUACUUUGCUUAGACAGGAGAAUGAUAAGCUUAGAGCUGAGAAUAUGUCGAUUCGAGAUGCUAUGAGGAAUCCGAUCUGUUCAAACUGCGGUGGUCCAGCGAUUAUCGGAGAGAUUUCGCUGGAAGAGCAGCAGUUAAGGAUCGAGAAUGCUCGUUUGAAGGAUGAGUUGGACCGAGUUUGCACGCUGGCUGGGAAAUUCCUUGGAAGACCGAUUUCGUCCUUGGCUAACUCCAUUGCACCUCCAUUGCCAAGCUCGAGUUUGGAACUGGGAGUUGGGAGUAAUGGAUUUGGGAGUUUGACCAUGGCGACGUCGAUGCCUAUUGGACCGGACUUUGGAGGCGGGUUGUCCGGUAAUCUGUCUGUUGUUCAACCACCUGUGAGGCCAACACCAGGGAUGGGACUUGAUCGGUCGGUGGAGCGAUCUAUGCUACUCGAGCUUGCUUUGGCUGCCAUGGAUGAAUUAGUUAAAAUGGCUCAGACUGAUGAGCCUCUUUGGAUUGGGAGCUUGGAAGGUGGAAGAGAAAUACUGAACCAGGAAGAAUACAUGAGGACAUUCACUCCUUGCAUCGGCAUGAAACCUAAUGGUUUCGUUACCGAGGCCUCGAGAGAAACUGGCAUGGUGAUUAUCAACAGCCUUGCGCUCGUCGAGACAUUGAUGGACGCGAAUCGAUGGGCAGAGAUGUUUCCAUGUAUGAUUGCUCGAACAACAACCACCGAUGUGAUCUCCAGUGGCAUGGGCGGAACAAGGAAUGGUGCACUUCAACUGAUGCAUGCCGAGCUUCAAGUCCUCUCACCGUUAGUACCCGUCCGGGAAGUCAAUUUUCUCCGGUUUUGCAAGCAGCACGCCGAAGGGGUUUGGGCUGUCGUCGACCUAUCGGUGGACGCCAUGCGAGAGACUCCAACCAGUGGUUCCUCAUUCAUCAACUGCAGAAGGCUUCCUUCUGGGUGUGUCGUUCAAGACAUGCCCAAUGGNAAAAAAAAGGUUACGUGGGUGGAACAUGCGGAGUACGAUGAUAGCCAAGUUCAUCAGCUAUACCGACCGCUUCUCAGCUCUGGUAUGGGCUUUGGAGCGCAACGGUGGGUUGCUACCCUUCAACGACAAUGCGAGUGUCUUGCUAUCCUCAUGUCGUCUGCUGUACCUGUUCGAGAUCACACUGCGAUAACUGCAGGUGGGCGACGUAGUAUGCUGAAGCUAGCGCAACGAAUGACAGCGAACUUCUGUGCGGGUGUGUGUGCAUCGACGGUGCAUAAAUGGAACAAGCUGAAUGCUGGUAGUGUGGAUGAGGACGUACGUGUCAUGACACGAAAGAGCGUCGACGAUCCUGGUGAACCACCAGGCAUUGUGUUGAGUGCUGCUACGUCGGUUUGGCUACCGUUAUCACCACAACGACUCUUCGACUUUCUCCGGGACGAACGGUUGAGAAGCGAAUGGGACAUCCUAUCCAAUGGCGGCCCCAUGCAGGAGAUGGCUCAUAUAGCCAAAGGGCAAGAUCAUGGCAACUGCGUCUCUCUAUUAAGAGCCAGCGCUAUGAAUGCGAACCAGAGCAGUAUGUUGAUUCUACAAGAGACUUGCAUAGAUGCGGCUGGGUCCCUUGUGGUGUACGCGCCGGUGGAUAUUCCGGCUAUGCACGUCGUGAUGAACGGCGGCGAUUCGGCGUAUGUGGCGCUUCUGCCAUCUGGGUUUGCUAUAGUACCUGACGGGGCGGUGAGUCGAGGGCUGACAACGACGAACGGCAGCAGUCCAAGUGGCGGGGAUGGGCCACAGAGUCAGAGAGUGACAGGCGGUGGUGGGUCCCUACUGACCGUCGCGUUUCAAAUACUCGUGAAUAGCCUCCCUACAGCCAAGCUCACCGUGGAAUCCGUUGAAACGGUCAAUAAUCUCAUCUCUUGCACCGUUCAAAAGAUCAAGGCCGCUCUUCAAUGUGAAACCUGAUGCAUCAUUCCGCACGUGACUCCCCCACGUGCUGUUGGGUUUAAUUUUUUCUUUUUUUUUUUUUUAGGAUUUAAGCAAAAAAGAAAAAAAAAAAAAAACGUUAUUUUACUUCUUUAACCCCCUCCCAAGUAAUUCCUUUAUUAUUGUUAUUAUUAUUAUUACUAUUAUUAUUAGAGAUGUCAAGGGUGUGAAGAAAAAGAAAAAGAAAAUGAGAUGUAAUGGUGGGGGUAUUGAGUCAAGAACGAACCGCGCGUGUUAGUCACCGAGUCAGUGACUCGGGAAAGAGAAAAAAAAAAGGGUUUUUCUUUUGAACUUAUAUAUAUAUAGUAGCGGUGGUGGUAGUUGUGGUGGUGGUGGUUCGGGUAUUGACUCAAGUCUACCCUCUCGAGUUCGAGUUUUCCGAUGAAGAAGAAAAAGGGUGUUUUGGUUAUGUCAUGUAUUUGAAUUUUUCCCUCUUGAUUUCAUGUAAUCUGUAAUCUUCCCAAUCUUUGGUUGUGUAUUUUCAAUAUAUUAUCUUUUCUUUUCUCAAAAA